AUGAGGGUAAAGAGACAGUGUAGCUUAGCGCGGAGAAAAAAGAUACAACUUUCAGUGUCAAAACUACGUUGUGAUACGUCGUUUAAAGAUGUUGAGAGAAAUAAAAACAAGCUGAACAUGAGAGUAACACGUUCUUUAGAAAGUUAUCUUAGCACAGAAAGAAAGAGGAACAACGACUCAAAGAAACUAGCUAGGACACAAGAGCCUUAUCGCACUGCAGAGAAGAAGAGGAACAACGACUCAAUGAAACUAGCUAGGACACAAGAGCCUUAUCGCACUGCAGAGAAGAAGAGGAACAACGACUCAAUGAAACUAGCUAGGACAAAAGAGCCUUAUCGCACUGCAGAGAAGAAGAAGAACAACGACUCAAUGAAACUAGCUAGGACAAAAGAGCCUUAUCGCACUGCAGAGAAGAAGAAGAACAACGACUCAAUGAAACUAGCUAGGACAAAAGAGCCUUAUUGCACUGCAGAGAAGAAGAGGAACAACGACUCAAUGAAACUAGCUAGGACAAAAGAGCUUUAUCGCACUGCAGAGAAGAAGAGGAACAACGACUCAAUGAAACUAGCUAGGACACAAGAGCCUUAUCGCACUGCAGAGAAGAAGAGGAACAACGACUCAAAGAAACUAGCUAGGACAAAACAAGCAUAUCGCACCGUAGAGAAGAACAGGAAUAAAAACGCAAUGAAAAUAUUAAGAACUAAAGAGGCAUAUCGUUUAGCUGAGAAAAAGAAAGACCUUCAGUCUAAGACAAGUCUCAGGAAAAAUAAUGUUUAUCGUAUAGCUGAACGAGAGAAGAGCAAUGGUGCGAUACAGUUGAGAAGAGCCCAGCAUGAUUAUCGUGAAAGUGAACGGCUAAGGGACAGAGAACGGAAAGAAAAACGAAGACAUGAUUAUUUCUUUCGCGCUAGAGAAAAUUAUAUCUCCUCAUUAAGAGCGAUUGAUUCAGUCUGUAGUAAAAAAUAA